CCACGUGACCGUUUUCCUGGCUCGCCUUUGUGGGACAAAUCGUGAUUUUCGAGUCUCUCUAUGGCCAAUAAUGGGAGAAAACUGACAAAGACGCAUAUUUACGAGGCUUAAAACGGAUGUAUUCAAUUGUUUUGUGGUGUGGUUCUUUCGCAUUUCCGGGAAGACAGGAGACGCCGGCGUCGUUUAGUUUUUAAGACGGGUUUUGUUUAUCACAUCUCAACUUGGUUGGUGAGUAGUUAUUGAGCCGUCGGAGAUGAGUGGUCCCGAGGUAGCGAAGACGCCGGGGAAGGAAGGCAUGGAGGCUGUAGCCAAUGGCCAUGCAGGAGAGGGUGAACAGGGAGGAGACGAUCCCUUCGCUGAGUACAUGUGGAUGGAGAACGAGGAUGCGUACAACAGACAGGUUGAAGAGGAAUUGUUGGAGCAGGAGUUCUUGGAGCGUUGUUUCCAGGAGAUGUUAGAUGAGGAGGACCAGGAUUGGUUCAUCCCGGCCAGAGACCUCCCCUCAGGGGUGGGGCAGAUCCAGCAACAGCUCAAUGGCUUGUCAGUCAGUGACAGAGGAAACGCAGAGGAUAUGGCGAGGAAAAGCAACUUGAACCCUGAUGCGAAGGAGUUCGUUCCGGGAGUGAAAUACUAGGAGUCCCCCUCAACCCCAGGGAGCACAAACACUCACGUUCACAUAACCUUGCAGAGACUCUGGCGGCCUUGACCGCAAAACACACACAGGUCCAGGGUGUGUAGGUAGAAACCUGUAAGGGGGUGGGGGAACUUAUUUUCUUUAAGAUUUUUAUUUUAUUUGUUUCAACUUGUUUAAAAGGUUAAAGGACAGGGGCGGGGUAUCAGUAUCAACAGAGCCCUAUAGAGGGCGCUGCUGCUGCAUUCAAGGGAUAUAUCCCAAAUAGUACCCUAUUCCCUAUGUAGUGCACUACUUUUGACCAGGGCCCAGAUUCACAAAACACUUCUAAACGUAAAAACUUACAAACUAGCUUGUUUUUAUUCUUAAGUGCAUUAUCUUAAGAUUUAAUGAUUUUCUUAUGAACUUCUCAAUCUUCUUAAGAUGUUUGUUGCUAGGCAACCGUUUUAGCAAGCAAUGGCAAUCAUGUUCGCAUAUUUAUUACUGUUCUAAAACUUGGGUUUAAAAUUAUCAAUACUGAAACUUUUAGAUUAAGUUUGUGAAAUAAACAUGUUCAAUUGCUUUAAAUAUUAUUUAUGAUGAAAUUAAUGAAAUUAGAUACUUAAAAAUAAAGUCUUUAAUUUUUACUUAGGGAGAAAAUGUGCAAUAACAUUUCCAAUAACCUUUUUGAGGAAUCGCAACUUUGCUUAACUUUCUUAACUUUUUUUCCCCUUAAGACAUUUCUUCUUAAAUAUAGAUUUAAUGUUUUGUGAAUCUGGGCCCAGGGCCCUACCAUUGUGGGCCCUGAUCUAAAGUAGUGCACUCCAUAGGAAAACGGGUGCUUUUUCGGACGCAUAUAAAGGCAUACAUAUACAGAGAAAUUGCAAACUCUUGAUUUUCCGACUUUAUUUUUUACUUUUCAUGGUUGCCAUGUUGGCACCUAAAAGUUCCAUGCUAAUACAACAAGCGAAUUGCAAAUGAUACCCUGUUCCACCAUACAGUGCACUACCUAGUAAAAAUAGGGUGCCAUUUUGAGAUCUGCAUUUAUACGUUUCAUGGCAGCUUUGUUGGCGCCAGAAUGUUCCACAACGUUACCAUUCUAAUUGGAAUCCAACUACGAAUGUAAUUAUUGUUGAUGAACGACGACUGGAGCCAACGUGGACGACACAGUUGGCCGUUCUAGAUUUCUGUUACGACGGACCUCUGGUCACAAUAUGACAUUACUCUUCUGUCUCAUUUCCUGUUAUCACAUCAUCAUCAUACAGACUCACUCUGUGUAGAGCUGUUUUUAUUUCUCAUGAGCCCGGUUCCAAACCAAUUACUCAUCUUUCCUAUCCCCUACACCCUUUAAACUCAACUCCUGACCUCGAAGCCAGUUCCGCUGCAUUUUUUUAUCUUUCCCUCUAAUCAGGAACUGAUUUUAGUACUGGGACACCAGGUGAGUGCAAUUAAUUAUCAGGUAGAACAGAAAACCAGCAGGCUCUGACCCUUGUAUGGUAAGAGUUGAAUACCCCUGCCCUACACCAUUGUUCACUACCUCCUUGUGGGUGAAAAGGUUGAAGUUUUAUUCCCCGUAGGCUGCGCUUACACAGUCACUCAAGUUCGGAUAUUUUUUUCCCACUAAUUGGUCUUUUGACCAAUUACAUCAGAUCUUUUCCAAUCAAAUAUUUUUGAGCUGUUCUGAUUGGUCAGAAGACCAAUUAGUGAAAAUUAUCAGAAUUGGGCUGCUAAACGCCGCAAUAUAGUCCUACUUUUAAUCAGAACCUGGCGUCCUGAUCUAAAGAAGUGCAUAAUUUGAGGUGUCACGUGAUGGGGAACCAGAGUGCAUGGGUUAGGGUAUUGGUGUUUGGUUUGUAACUAGGCCGUUCCCUGGAAUGGGUCUCAAAUGGCACCCUAUUCCCUUUAUAGUGCACUACUUUUGACCUGUGCUCUGGUCAAAAGUAGUUCACUCAAUGGGGAAUAGGGUGCCAUUGCCUCUCGCAGUACUGAAGGAAUGGAAGCAUCAUGUUUAACUUUGUUGGAUCAAUAAUGUUGAUCAAUACAUUAUCAGGUUUAUCUGUUAAUCAAUCUCGUUUUUAGAGGAGCAAGGUGUUUGUCUCUUGGGUUUCCGUAGCCUGUGGUCAAAACGGGAAUGGAUGUGUCCCCCAAAUAGCACCCUAUGCCCUUAUUUUUUUAAAUUGAACCUUUAUUUAAGUAGGCAAGUCAGUUAAGAACAAAUUCUUAUUUACAAUGGCGUCCUACCAUGGCCAAACCCGGACGACGCUGAGCCAAUUGUGCGCCGCCCUAUGGGACUCCCAAUCACGGCCGGAUGUGAUGCAGCCUGGAUUCGAACCAGGUACUGCAGUGCAGCCUCUUGUUCUUCUGUCAUAGUGCCCUACUUUUAACUAGGGCCCAUAGCACUCCCUAUGAGCUCUCAAAGGGUCCUGGUUAAAAGUGGUGCACUACAUAGGCAGUUGGGUACCAUUUAUGGGGGGGGGGGAAACGCUAGGUUAGUGUCUCGGAGGUUUAAAAUGAAUGGGUGGGACUUGAGCUAGGGUUGACCAACCACAGGCCACGUGCACCCUGAGUCAACCAAUAGGAAUUGUCUGCCAGUUGGAUUUACAUGAAAAUAAUGGAUUUUGCGUUGGAAAAAGUCCUAACGACCCAAAGUACGAAUUUCAAUACAAAAAGAUGAAUAAAAAUGUGAAACUGCA